AUGUCUUGCCUUAUUCCUGAGAAUUUAAGGAACCCCAAAAAGGUUCACGAAAAUAGAUUGCCUACUAGGGCUUACUACUAUGAUCAGGAUAUUUUCGAAUCUCUCAAUGGGCCUUGGGCUUUUGCGUUGUUUGAUGCACCUCUUGACGCUCCGGAUGCUAAGAAUUUAGACUGGGAAACGGCAAAGAAAUGGAGCACCAUUUCUGUGCCAUCCCAUUGGGAACUUCAGGAAGACUGGAAGUACGGUAAACCAAUUUACACGAACGUACAGUACCCUAUCCCAAUCGACAUCCCAAAUCCUCCCACUGUAAAUCCUACUGGUGUUUAUGCUAGAACUUUUGAAUUAGAUUCGAAAUCGAUUGAGUCGUUCGAGCACAGAUUGAGAUUUGAGGGUGUGGACAAUUGUUACGAGCUUUAUGUUAAUGGUCAAUAUGUGGGUUUCAAUAAGGGGUCCCGUAACGGGGCUGAAUUUGAUAUCCAAAAGUACGUUUCUGAGGGCGAAAACUUAGUGGUCGUCAAGGUUUUCAAGUGGUCCGAUUCCACUUAUAUCGAGGACCAAGAUCAAUGGUGGCUCUCUGGUAUUUACAGAGACGUUUCUUUACUAAAAUUGCCUAAGAAGGCCCAUAUUGAAGACGUUAGGGUCACUACAACUUUUGUGGACUCUCAGUAUCAGGAUGCAGAGCUUUCUGUGAAAGUUGAUGUCCAGGGUUCUUCUUAUGAUCACAUCAAUUUCACACUUUACGAACCUGAAGAUGGAUCUAAAGUUUACGAUGCAAGCUCUUUGUUGAACGAGGAGAAUGGGAACACGACUUUUUCAACUAAAGAAUUUAUUUCCUUCUCCACCAAAAAGAACGAAGAAACAGCUUUCAAGAUCAACGUCAAGGCCCCAGAACAUUGGACCGCAGAAAAUCCUACUUUGUACAAGUACCAGUUGGAUUUAAUUGGAUCUGAUGGCAGUGUGAUUCAAUCUAUUAAGCACCAUGUUGGUUUCAGACAAGUGGAGUUGAAGGACGGUAACAUUACUGUUAAUGGCAAAGACAUUCUCUUUAGAGGUGUCAACAGACAUGAUCACCAUCCAAGGUUCGGUAGAGCUGUGCCAUUAGAUUUUGUUGUUAGGGACUUGAUUCUAAUGAAGAAGUUUAACAUCAAUGCUGUUCGUAACUCGCAUUAUCCAAACCAUCCUAAGGUGUAUGACCUCUUCGAUAAGCUGGGCUUCUGGGUCAUUGACGAGGCAGAUCUUGAAACUCAUGGUGUUCAAGAGCCAUUUAAUCGUCAUACGAACUUGGAGGCUGAAUAUCCAGAUACUAAAAAUAAACUCUACGAUGUUAAUGCCCAUUACUUAUCAGAUAAUCCAGAGUACGAGGUCGCGUACUUAGACAGAGCUUCCCAACUUGUCCUAAGAGAUGUCAAUCAUCCUUCGAUUAUUAUCUGGUCCUUGGGUAACGAAGCUUGUUAUGGCAGAAACCACAAAGCCAUGUACAAGUUAAUUAAACAAUUGGAUCCUACCAGACUUGUGCAUUAUGAGGGUGACUUGAACGCUUUGAGUGCAGAUAUCUUUAGUUUCAUGUACCCAACAUUUGAAAUUAUGGAAAGGUGGAGGAAGAACCACACUGAUGAAAAUGGUAAGUUUGAAAAGCCUUUGAUCUUGUGUGAGUACGGCCAUGCAAUGGGUAACGGUCCUGGCUCUUUGAAAGAAUAUCAAGAGUUGUUCUACAAGGAGAAGUUUUACCAAGGUGGCUUUAUCUGGGAAUGGGCAAAUCACGGUAUUGAAUUCGAAGAUGUUAGUACUGCAGAUGGUAAGUUGCAUAAAGCUUAUGCUUAUGGUGGUGACUUUAAGGAAGAGGUUCAUGACGGAGUGUUCAUCAUGGAUGGUUUGUGUAACAGUGAGCAUAAUCCUACUCCGGGCCUUGUAGAGUAUAAGAAGGUUAUUGAACCCGUUCAUAUUAAAAUUGCGCACGGAUCUGUAACAAUCACAAAUAAGCACGACUUCAUUACGACAGACCACUUAUUGUUUAUCGACAAGGACACGGGAAAGACAAUCGACGUUCCAUCUUUAAAGCCAGAAGAAUCUGUUACUAUUCCUUCUGAUACAACUUAUGUUGUUGCCGUGUUGAAAGAUGAUGCUGGUGUUCUAAAGGCAGGUCAUGAAAUUGCCUGGGGCCAAGCUGAACUUCCAUUGAAGGUACCCGAUUUUGUUACAGAGACAGCAGAAAAAGCUGCGAAGAUCAACGACGGUAAACGUUAUGUCUCAGUUGAAUCCAGUGGAUUGCAUUUUAUCUUGGACAAAUUGUUGGGUAAAAUUGAAAGCCUAAAGGUCAAGGGUAAGGAAAUUUCCAGCAAGUUUGAGGGUUCUUCAAUCACUUUCUGGAGACCUCCAACGAAUAAUGAUGAACCUAGGGACUUUAAGAACUGGAAGAAGUACAAUAUUGAUUUAAUGAAGCAAAACAUCCAUGGAGUGAGUGUCGAAAAAGGUUCUAAUGGUUCUCUAGCUGUAGUCACGGUUAACUCUCGUAUAUCCCCAGUUGUAUUUUACUAUGGGUUUGAGACUGUUCAGAAGUACACGAUCUUUGCUAACAAAAUAAACUUGAACACUUCUAUGAAGCUUACUGGCGAAUAUCAGCCUCCUGAUUUCCCAAGAGUUGGGUACGAAUUCUGGCUAGGAGAUAGUUAUGAAUCAUUUGAAUGGUUAGGUCGCGGGCCCGGCGAAUCAUAUCCGGAUAAGAAGGAAUCUCAAAGAUUCGGUCUUUACGAUUCCAAAGAUGUAGAGGAAUUCGUAUAUGACUAUCCUCAAGAAAAUGGAAAUCAUACAGAUACCCACUUUUUGAACAUCAAAUUUGAAGGUGCAGGAAAACUAUCGAUCUUCCAAAAGGAGAAGCCAUUUAACUUCAAGAUUUCAGACGAAUACGGGGUUGAUGAAGCUGCCCACGCUUGUGACGUUAAAAGAUACGGCAGACACUAUCUAAGGUUGGACCAUGCAAUCCAUGGUGUUGGUAGCGAAGCAUGCGGACCUGCUGUUCUGGACCAGUACAGAUUGAAAGCUCAAGAUUUCAACUUUGAGUUUGAUCUCGCUUUUGAAUAA